CACCAGGCAUGCGGGAAGUGGCCAAAUGAUGGACACACGCCAGUAGAUGACGAAACUUAUGGUGAUGAUGAUGAUGAUGAUGAUGACGUUGCGGACAGUGAGGUAAUUGAGGCAAACUGUGAACCGGCCGAUGAGAUCAUAGCGUUGGGCCUUCCUAAGAAUAGGAGCGGGGAUAAGGGUGAUAAGCAAAGUGAAGACCACGAGGUGACCGUGGGAAACGAAGUUAGUGCUUUCCUAAAACGAUAUCACCCGUCAGGAAAUGGGACCAUUGAGAUCCAAGUCGACAAGCCAGCCGAAGAUACGUCGGAUCAGCCUCAAUCAAAAUUCGGAACAAGCUCAAGUAAAUGGGCAAUCUGGAGCUGAUCUUUCAAGAUCAAACUCUAACUCAACAGCAGCAGAAUCGGGCGCUCGCCCUCAGCGAAGGCUUCAGAAGCCAUCUCGGUUGGUCUAUGUUACACCGCGGAGUUCUGUUUGCCGCUCUGGGGGAUCAGAAGAGCAUAACUCUACAUAUUUUGCCCCUGAGACUUCUCAAGAGUCGAAGAGC